UCUCUGUUUAUUGCAAUGCUGACAGAAACGUCAGUUUACUCUUUUAAAACUAUUAAUCAUCUUUCUUGUCAGUGUCAAUGCAGAAACGACUUAAAUUACACAACAGUUAGCGGCUAUGCUUGUUAACUCCGCUGGUUUGCAACAACAAACAUUAUAAUUAACCCCUGAGACCCAAAAAUGAUUACAAUCCGUCAAUUAUACUGCUUACUGGUUUGGAUUUCAUUCUGUGAAUGAUUUAAAACUUUUAAUUUAUUGUCAGUGUCAAUGCAGAAACGACUUAGUUAGCAGCAAUGCUUGUUUACAUCGCUGUUUGCAAACACAUCCCAGACAGCACACGUACGUCUGCCCGACGUCGGCUCAAGAGCGUACGUCGGCCUCCUUAUCUGAAACAUCUAAUAAGUAUCGGCCAGGCAUCGGCCAAAUCUUCAGUCAAGUCAACGGUAUUUCCCGCUCAUCAAGCUUGUCUGUUACGUCGGCUUUGGGUCGGAUAACUAUACCGGAGGCCGAUGCCGCGCUUCUCUCUGUUGGUGCGUGUCCAGUUACUCCUCCCUUUGCAAUGCAACCCACCAGAGCAAAGGCGACAUCAUGGGUGUAUCAACUGCUAAGUUCCAUUAAUCCGAAGCAGGAGGGGGUAGUAAUGUACAUACGCUGGUUGCCAGCCGCCGUUAAUACUCAAACAAUUCCACGUCAACUCGAACACGCAAAACCCCGGUAUGAAGCAUUGUCAUGAGCAUGCCAAACCAACAGAUGGCGAUAUAUUCCUUAACCCAGAGAAGCCACUCCAGUCUCGUCUUGCCAUGAACAAGGAAAAAAUGCGGGAGCUGACUUCGCAGACGUACGUGGCUCAGGUCAUUGGCACUGCUGUAUCACAACAUCAUUUGCUGGCAUGUACAUCUAGGAUGCGAUCAAUCCAGAUGAGAUUCUCUCCAAUGCCAGCAAACCGACAGUGGAAGACACGAGCCAGCACUUCUCCCACCACAUUGCCUCAGGCUUUUGAGAUACCGACUUAUAACUGCUUCUCCCCCCUAUGUUGGGAUCACCGGGGCCUCCAUCGCCCGGCAUGUACACGCUACAUUAGGUGUAGCAAUUAUGUGAGCUGCAGUCUGGAUCCUGCCUCUGUCAGAUCACCUAACACAAAUGGAAAGAUGACAUCGACCCUUGCAAGGACUUCAGGCGAUCCCAGCACUGGACUACAUACAGUGGUAAUCAUAUUUUCAGUAGUCCGUGUCAAAUUUUCUUUCAAGUCAAUGGGUACCAUCAACUGUAUGAUUGACAUCAUUUAUCAGAUUAAAGAAUUUUUGGCAAGUUUAUAACAACAUGAAGUGUUUGGGUGAGAUCUAGACCGAGGACUAAGGCGUAUACUAGGACAGAACUAAGUGUUGUGGCCCACAGGUGAUCCUAAAGCAACAAAGAAGAACCAUGGAGAGGAAGAAGUGGUGUUCAGAUGUUUAAAAGGCGGUGUUCGGGACAGGAAGCAAAGGCAACAAAGAGGAACCUCUAAGGUUUAAAGGCACUGCUUGCAGAGACGAGUGCAGAAAACAAGACAGAAGACCUGUCGAGAAUGUUUUAUGAUUAAAUGUUUUUGUUAUGUACAUGCACAUUAUUAUUUACAAUAUAUUUCUAAGAUACAUAAAUAUGUGACCUUGUAUAUGAAAUCCAGGCUACUGUCUUAACAUCUUAUGACAUCUAAAGUUUGAAUUUACUGAUUUAACAUUGAGUUCAGUCUUUGACAUGACCUUACUCAGUCAGUAUUGAAUAUGUCAAGAUUAUAUUUUCAGAUAAUGUUUUCUGAAUUGUGUAGGAUGAUUUUAUGUAGAAAACAGUAAGUCACAAAGAAAUACUUUGCUGGGUUUUCACAGGCCGUGUCCCAUUUGUACAACAUAUGUGAAUUAUCUUGAGACUAAAACUUCUGAAAUCCAAACUGUUAUAUUUUAGCAUUUCAAAUGCAACCACCCUUUGCCUAGAAUUUGAAAUAUAUACCCUUGGGUUUUUCAGUAAUUUUUUGACAUCUCACCCUGAGAUAUUUUUAAAGAAAUUUCUAUGUAUUAUGGGCUUGAAUUACUUGUUUAUUUUAUCAUUUUGUCCAAGUAAUUUGAAAAAAGUUUUAAAUUAAAUUUUAGUUCUCAAUUGAAAUAAAUGUAUAUGUUGAGACUAUAUUUUUGUCCACAAACGUAAUUGAAUCAUAUACUUUAAGAGUAUAUUAUUUUGAAGGGUAUAAGAAAUAUUUUAGUUAAGUGUAAGUAAAACGUUUACACAGUAGUAUAGCAGUGUAUAAUAGUUACAGAAUAUAUAAUUUAUGUGUGACACAUCUAAAUAUUCUGUUACUGAUUUAUCCAAGUUGUUUAUGUGUUAUAUUUGUCAAAUGAAUAAAUUUGCAACGGUUAUUGA